AUGUCUUUGUCGCAGGCCCAGGAAGAUCUUCUUCGUCAACUCAAGACAAAUCACAAGACAGGUCUCUCAACAGACGAUGCAGCUGAGAGACGAGAAGAAGAUGGGUGCUUCAACGUGGUAGAUCCGCCAAUCAACUGCCCUGCUUGGGUUUGUUGUUUGCUGCCAUGCAUCAAAUCCAUUCCCAGCAUGAAGACCUUUCGAAUGAUCAAACCAGAAGACGCGGAGGUACUAAGGGACGGUCAUUGGAUCCGAUAUGAUGCGACGAGCCUAGUUCGAGGGGAUAUAAUAAGGUUGGAAGAAGGUGACAUUGUCCCUGCCGACUGUACUGUCCUAUCGGUUGAUGAUGGCCAAAUGCUCGUGGAUGGGCGUUAUGUCACUGGGGAGGACAAGCCCAGGAGCUGUGAGAAGAAUACCGCAACAAAUACAUUCAAACCAGUACAAUUGUUCCUCGGCUCGCAUGUUGUGCAAGGCUCUGGAGAGGCAGUGGUCACUGCGAUUGGCCCAAAUACAAAGCUCGCUACUGUGAUUCGAGAAAAGAGAUUUCCACCCCAAACAAACAUGACGGACGAAGUUGGCUACUCUGAUGAAGACCCUGAACAAGGUAUAAGUCUAGUAGCUCGUGAUGCCUGUUAG